AUGGACGAAAGUAACCAUGAAAUGGUUAAUACCUUAACUUCACAAUUAGGGACUAUCCUAAAUCCUUUAAUUAAUAACACAAAUAACAACUAUCAGUUGUUAGCCCAUCAGAUGGGGCGAAUCGCAGAUUUCUUUGGCACACCUGCAAUGCCCAACCAAAACCUUCAACCCAUUCGAAAUCAAGCGCAUGUUCAAAAUCAGGGUUUCCCCAAUGAGGAUGAAGUUCCUAAUAAUCGAGCGCCACAAGUGGUGCGAGAGGAACCACCGGUCCAAGUGGUGAACCAAGUUCAAGAUCCUGGGAUAGUCUUGGUUAAUAGAAAUCAGAACGCUGACGAAGUAGUUAGAAAUGUGCAAAGAAACAAUUUUGCACAACAAGAUAAUUUGGCAAAUCUAGUCGAAACGAUAUUAACCCAAAAUGGUUUCAAUGUUGGCUUGCACAGGCCUAACUUCGUUUCCCCUUUGUCUGAGUAUGUGCUACAGACUGAAUUGCCAAGGGGAUGGAAAAUUCCCAAAUUCACAAAGUUUGCUGGGGAUACAACUGAAUCAACGGUGGAGCAUGUUGCAAGAUUUUUUGCCGAAGCAGGAAACUUGGCAGAUAAUGAAAAUUUAAGAUUGAAAUAUUUCCCAAAUUCCCUUACAAAAAAUGCUUUCACUUGGUUCACAACACUUCCCCCUCGUUCGAUUCAUCAUUGGGCUCAAUUGGAAAGGGUUUUCCAUGAACAGUUUUACAUGGGCCAAUCUAAGAUUAGUUUGAAGGAAUUGGCCAGUGUUAGGAGAAAAAUGCCAGAGUCCAUAGAUGAUUACUUGAAUAGAUUCAGGUUACUCAAGGCAGACAUGGCACAGUUAGCAGAUAGAGUGAGACAGGUCGAACACCUUAAGGCUGAAAAGGCUAGAUCAUCAAAGUUUCAAAAGAGGGAAAAAAUUGCCUAUGUCGAAACAAUAGAUGAUGAUGAUGAAUAUGUGAUAAAUUACGAAGACAUAGAGGAUAAUGAAAUCAAUGUGGCCGAACUAAAACCUGGCCCUCCUUAUGUCUGUAAAUUAUUAAAACCUUCGAAUGGAAAAAAUCCUGUCGAACCAAAAAAUGAUAAAUUUGUUGCUAAGACAUAUUCAUUUGACAUAACUAAAUGUGAUGAAAUAUUUGAUUUAUUGGUUACUGAUGGCCAAAUUGUUGUUCCGAAGGGGCUAAAAGCGCCUCCCCUUGAGCAACAAAAGAAAAGAGGUUUUUGUAAAUUUCAUAAUUUUCUGGGUCAUAAAACCUCACAAUGUGUUCUUUUCAGGGAUCUGGUUCAGAAAGCUUUGAAAGAUGGAAGGCUGAAGUUUGGCGAGAAGUCCAAACACCAGAUGAAAAUUGAUGAGGAUCCAUUACAGAUAUCAGAUGCUUCCUAUGUGGAACCGGUCGAAUGCUUAAUGAUCGAUGCCAUGGACCUGUCAGGAGGCGCACAAUUAGUUUCUAUUCCAGAAGAUGAAUACUACGAGAAGAUGAAAGUGGUAUACCCUAGGGCUGAAGAGGAACUAAUUGAUUUUCUGCAAAGGUGUAAGCUUAACAAGUCUGAAGUUAUGCUUUGCCCAAGGUGCAGUGCUGUAUUCGAUAAGAAGGCUAUUGAGGGCCUUAACAAGUUUAUACUGUUCAUGAGAAACAAAGAGAAUUGGCCAAAGUCAAGGCCAAUGAAAAGACAAAAUAUGGCGCAUGCCAAACCAAUACAUCAAAGGUUGGGCAACUCAAGUACUUUUGUGCCAUCCAACAACUCACCAAUGAACAAAUGGGUUCAUGGUCAUGCAUCAAACUUUGUCAGAAAUUCUGUUGACAAGGGAAGUUCGAGUAAGAGCCGUUCGAGUCAGCCUGGAGAUUCGAAGAAGUAUGCUUACAGGAACAACUACAUGGGAAAGAAUCCCAUGACAAGAACACAAUGGCGCAGACAUCAACGCCAACAGAAACUCUCACUUCAGGAGGCUCAGAAGAUAGAAAACAACAAAGGAAAGCAGGUGGUCGAAGCGACCAGAAGGCCUCUGAAAGAAAGAUUGUCUCAACCAUUGGCUGAUCAAAAUGUUGAUGACAAGAUCGAAGAGGAAACUUGGAGGAUGAGGAUCUUCUUGAUUCAGAUCCUGAAUUUGAUGUGCUGGUGA